GUUUCUGAGGGUGCGGCGACCAAAGCGACGCCGUCAGACUUGCCGUUGUUUCUCGCCGUUCUCUCAAAGCUCGAGAAGGCCGAGAACGAAGCAGGCGACACCCGGCGCAUGCGCCAAAGCGUUUUCUCAUCCUGAUGCAGGAGGAAUGCCGAGAACAGACUCGGCGUUGUUGCUUCUGUUUUGAGAGAUUUUGACGUGCCGACGGACCUUUCGCUUCAAGUGCGAAAUUUUCUCGAGUGGCCGGAGUGGUGCGUGUGAUCGUGGGACACACCUCAACCAGCGAUAGCCGAAGCGCCCAACCUCGUCUUCUGCACGACCUCAAGUCUGCCGUGUACGGAACAAAACGAGCAUGUGUCCUCCGGCGCAGCUGUUGUGGCCCCUCGGGCAGCCGAGCCGUGGUGGGCGCUGAGCGUGGUCAUCGCCGCCGUCGUCACCACGGCUGCCCCCUGCAGGCCCCUGCCGGCCGCAGGCACGGACCGACCGUCGUCGGGGCGCCUUGCCGCUGCUGCCGCCGCGGCCGCCGCCGCUGCCGCCGCCGCUGCUGCGCGCGGUGAGGUGCUGCCGGAGUCGUCGAGCAGCAUGGCCAUUCCCCGCCUGCCCACUCCGCCUCCGCAGAGCGAAGUCAACACGCCCGUGGCCGAGAGCUGGUGCUACACGCAGGUGAAAGUGAUCAAGUUUUCCUACAUGUGGACCAUCAACAACUUCAGCUUCUGCCGCGAAGAGAUGGGAGAGGUGCUCAAAAGCUCGACAUUUUCUGCGGGGGCCAAUGACAAGCUGAAGUGGUGCCUAAGGGUGAAUCCGAAGGGGCUGGACGAGGAGAGCAAGGACUACCUGUCCCUGUACCUGCUGCUAGUGUCCUGCAACAAGAGUGAGGUCCGUGCCAAGUUCAAGUUUUCCAUCCUCAACGCCAAGCGGGAAGAGACCAAGGCCAUGGAGAGUCAAAGGGCGUACCGCUUUGUUCAAGGCAAGGAUUGGGGCUUCAAGAAGUUUAUUCGAAGAGACUUCUUGCUCGACGAGGCCAACGGACUCCUUCCCGACGACAAGCUUACUCUCUACUGCGAGGUGAGCGUUGUUGCGGACUCGGUGAACAUCUCCGGGCAGAAUAACGCCAUCCAGUUCAAGGUCCCCGAGUGCCGGUUGUCUGACGACUUUGGGCACCUCUUUGAGAGCCAGAAGUUCAGCGACGUCAUCCUGAGCGUCAAUGGCCGGGAAUUCUAUGCGCACAAGGCCAUUCUUGCAGCCCGUUCACCGGUAUUUGCGGCCAUGUUUGAGCACGAGAUGGAAGAGAAGAAGCAGAACAGAGUGGAAAUAACAGACAUGGACCACGAGGUGCUGCGAGAAAUGCUGCGGUUCAUCUACACUGGCCGAGCACCCAACCUUGACAAGAUGGCCGACGACCUCUUGGCUGCCGCUGAUAAGUAUGCCCUGGAACGGUUAAAAGUGAUGUGUGAGGAGGCCCUGUGCUCAAACCUGUCGGUUGAAACGGCUGCGGAGGUGCUCAUUCUGGCAGACAUGCACAGCGCAGACCAGCUGAAGGCACAUGCCAUUGACUUCAUCAACACCAGGCAUGCCACGGAUGUGAUGGAGACAGCGGGCUGGAAGACCAUGAUCCACCGGCAGCCGCACCUGAUUGCCGAGGCCUUCCGAGCCCUGGCUACCCAGCAGAUCCCGCCCAUAGGGCCACCCCGCAAGCGCAUCAAGCAGUCCUAGGGACACAGCAUAGCAGCGUUGCUCGUGCUUUAGUGGGCGGAUAUGUUUGAGGUGUAGUCAGCUUGCUGUCCUCGUCGUGGAAGAAGACGGGAUGCGACUGUGUUGGGCACCGCACUACAUUGGCUAGUCGUCAACAAGACAUCACAGCAAGGCCUUCCCCAGUUUGUGGACACCAAGGGUGGAGUUGUUCUGCUUCCGGCAUAGAUGAAAACCUCUUGACAGUCAAUUUCCUAGGAUCUCGCCGUGGGAAGCAGGGUCUGCAACAACUCGAGCAGCAUUGGAGCUUGAAGCCUGGUGUGGUGCAGUAGAGGUGUUCCAUUCCUUUAUCUACUCCCCACAGAUGCAGCAGACGAGGACCAUUUUUGCAGACUCUGGCUCACAACAAUUAGGGAAGAAGCUGAAGAAGAAAGCUUGGAAAGUGCGAAGCAGAAGGAUUUUCACCCACAAGUGCUGGAGUACCCCCACCCAGUUCUCAGACGAAGCCAUGCGCACAACUUUGGAUAGCGUUGCCACUGUGCAAGGUGUUCGGAGCCGGUGACGUCAGGUGUUGCAGCUGACUUUUAGCCUCUGGGGAAACCUCACCGACAUCAUCUGUGUUGACGUGCCAGUGAGCAUGUGUGUGUGUGUGUGUGUGCAUGUGAAUUUUUGUUGAAGCAACACAAGUCUGCAACUGGCGAAUGAAAGUUGACUGUCCAUGUGAUGCAAGAAUGUGGGCAUCUUGGAAGGAACUCCCUGCGUGUAAAGAAAACAAACCAAAACUAGGAAAAAAGGACACUUGUGAAGGACCUUUGUUUAUUUCUCUUGCAUGAAAUGACUCCCGUACUCUCCUUUGUUUUUACUUUGUGUGCGUGUGUACACGUUUUACAUUUGCCUGUCCCUCCUACAAUUGUCACAAAGCAAGUGUUGUUGUGAGGAAAAGUAAUUUAUGCAAACACACGCGAGUGGGUGGUGGGUGGCCUCUCUGAGCUUACGUGGAAAGAAGUCCUCGAGCAUUCUUGCAGUUUUUUUUUUUUCUCUGUUGGUUCCUAGAAGAGGACGUGACAAGGGUGCAGACAUUUCAUCUAAAUGCUUGCAUUAGAUGAGCCAUUCCAUUCUUGUAUCCAGGUGCCACAAACGUUAUGCAAUGCCACCAAGGCAUCCUGAGGUUUGCAAGAGAAUGUUAUUUCACAGAAUACAGCGUACAAGGUUGAGUUUUUAAAUGUAACGAAGAUGUCAGCUGAUCUAUUCAGUUGCCGUACACCCGUCAAGGCCCUCCCGUUGCCAAAAUUUUGUUCCCCAGACACACACAGUGUUGCAGAAUAAAAUGGGGUUGACGAUGGUGCGCCGCUAGCAGCGCUGAAAGGACGGAACAGGUCAAGCCUAUGUGCACACCACUCUGCGCAGAGUUCGGUCAUUCGUGAUGACGGCGAGCAUCUUUGUUGUGAAGAUUUAGGUUGCAAAGCCUUCCUGGUUCCACCCACCACCUCAUGAUAGUCAGUCCUGUACAUAGCAAACAAAUUUCUGUGUUUAUUCAUGAACUUGCCAAUCACCGAUGAACGGACAAAACGGGGUUUGUUCAUUUAUCCUACACAAUGGCUGCCACACAAGUGUGAAAUGGUCGUGUUCUGCUGUGAAGGAAACCAAAGCUUAGCACCCCUCUUCUCAGCCUCUGGGCAUAGGAAGGACAAGCAUUUAAUGUGCAGCAUAUAGCAUCCGAGCAUGUGUGUGUGAAUGUUUUCUUUUUUUCUUUUUAGGAUUUUCAUUUUGGUUUCAGUGAUUCAAGACGUGGUUGUAGUACUCAUCAUAAGUUAAGAUGAAUGUUUCGCACGAUUAGAACAGUGUUGCAGCACAUUUUUUUUAAUCGAUCACCCUGUUAAUAAAACAAAUGCAAACCCUC